AGUUCACAUUAACUCGAGCUGUUUAUGAGAGGUGGGCUGAAAUUGUGCUGGAAAAGAUGCAGCAUUUAAAGCCAACAUGCUUUAAAGCACCUCACCUCAUAAUAAACUGCGUCAGAAGUCCAAACCUUUAAAUGCAUGUAGUUCGCAUGACUGCUAUACAGACUGCCGUUCACACUUAUUACGGUAAUGUUAACGUGGAAACUAAAUAAUCCUGCAGACGUCAAAUCAUGGCAUCAUCUAUAAUACCCCUGCCCAUGACUAUGACUGCUAGGAGAAUUCGAGGUGCACGGUAUCAGCCGUCAGAAAGGAGAAUGAGUGGCGUCUAUUUUAAAACGAGCUAUCGGAAGCUUUUAGUGCUACAGUUUGGUAUUUCGAAGCUUUCUUUCACACUGAAGUUAGAGUGACGGAUAAAAGAGCGGGCUUAACAAAAUCAAAACCCAAGCUUUAAGUAAAACAUUGUGUUAAGCAUACAAUCUGCAGUAUUUUAGACUAACACAGUCUUGUAUAACGAACAAGGGUUACGAAAUAUUACAGUUCCGUCAUCUGUAGCCGUUUCUAACCAAACAUAUGACGUGUCGCGUGCGCGACGGACUACAUCGCACGAGGCGAAGGAAGAACCAAUCAGCUGUGUUAGUCGCCCAAAAGCUUGCAUCCGGGCUACUGAUGGCCGCCAGCCUCGCUUACAAAUUUCUAACCAACUAUAUCCGCCAUCUUGAAUCCAUCUUCCAUGAGAAAAUGUCGGUUGAUGCCCAAGCCGUUACACAAAUUCAAGUCGAGAAUGUAGUUGACUAUGCACAGUACAUUGCACAGGUGGCCAAUGUGCAGUUGGGAGAAGGGCUGUCCAAUGGCACCACAGUUACUUUUAUCGAUCCCUCUGUGCUGGAGGCUGCACAUGUCCUGGAUCCCACGACAAUGGAGAUCCAAGGUUCAAUCCAGAUUCCUGCUUCAGUUAACAUUGAACAUGUUAUAUUGGAGCAGCCUAUGAUUAGCCAGCUGGAAGGUCUUUCCACUGUUACAGCUUCCAGUAAUCCAAUUGUGGAGCCACCUGACAUUAAGCCACCACUGGGAAAGGGUCCAUUUAAUUGUGACCUUUGUGAAAAAGUAUUCAACAGAUGGAAUCAGUUACAACGACAUCUGAAGACUCAUGAUGAAGAUAAGCCAUUUAGGUGUGUGCAGUGCUCAGCAUCUUUUAAUGUUGAAGAUAACCUUCGAUUACAUCUAGCCACUCAUGUUGGAGAAGAUCGUGAGCCUAUCUGCCCAGAAUGUGGGAAAAAAUUCUCCCGUGUGGCCAGCCUCAAGGCACAUGUUAUGCUGCAUGAAAAGGAAGAAAAUCUUAUGUGUCCAGAAUGUGGAGAUGAGUUCAAUGUGCAGAGUCAACUUGAUCGACACAUGAAUGAACAUCGCCAGGAACACGAAGGGGCCCGAACAUACAUAUGCCGUCAGUGUGGGCUUGAUUUUCCAAAGUUGUCACUGUUGCGAGAGCAUAUGAAACAACACUACAAAAUCAAAGCAUCACUCUCCCACAGAACAUACAAACGCAAUAUUGAUCGAACAGGUUUUCAUCAUCGAUGCAAGCACUGUGGGAAGACAUUUCAGAAGCCAAGUCAGCUUCUUCGGCAUGAGCGUAUUCACACAGGUGAACGUCCAUUCAAAUGUAGCACUUGUGAAAAAACUUUCAACCAGAAAGGAGCACUCCAGGUUCACAUGACAAAACAUACAGGAGAGCGAUCUCAUAUGUGUGAUUUUUGCCCUGCGACUUUUGCCCAGAAAGGAAAUCUGCGAGCCCACAUUCAUCGUGUACAUACACUAGCAAGCAGUGGGGAAGUGCCUGCCUUUCAUUGUGAGGAGUGUAGCUGUGUCUUCAAAAAGUUGGGUUCUUUGAACGCGCAUAUUAGCCGUGCUCACUCCGACCCUCAUGAACUGCCUACACAAGUUGAGGUUCGUCGGGCAGGUGAUGAGAAAAGUCUUGGAGACAAUGUUAUUCAACAGCUGUUGGAAUUGUCAGAGCAAGUGCCUGGGACAGGUGUUGAGGGUCUGAGUUCUCAGGACCCUGAUGUCCGAGAGGCUGUUCAGGCAGCCCAGCUUCAUGACCAGGCAAAUGGCAUGGCAGGAGCCUCUGAUAUCCUGCAGCAGGCUUUGGAAAACAGUGGACUGACUGGUACCGACAACUGCCAAGGAACACAUUCCGGUGCUGUCAGCACCACAGCCUGUACCAGCAUUGCCAUUCCUCGGACCACCAUGACCAUGACCGUUCAUGAUACAGCCACAGGCACAACCAAACGGCACAUCAUUAGAAGGGUAAAUGGUGUUCGGUGGCAUCAGUGUACCUACUGUAGUAAGGAAUUUAAGAAACCCAGUGAUUUAGUGCGUCAUAUCCGUAUUCACAGCCAUGAGAAGCCUUACAAAUGCACCCAGUGUUUUCGUGCCUUUGCUGUCAAGUCCACUUUGACAGCCCACAUAAAAACACACACUGGUGUCAAAGACUAUCGCUGUGAUGUGUGCAAUAAGCUCUUCUCUACAAUGGGCAGUCUCAAGGUUCAUGUUAGACUUCACACUGGGGCAAAACCCUUUGACUGUCAGCACUGCGACAAAAAGUUCCGUACUUCUGCUCAUCGCAAGUCCCACAUCCUUUCACAUUUUAGAGAUCCAUCUCAGACAUCAGCUCGCCCCCGUCGAGCAUUCAAACGAGAGGCACGCAGUGAUGUGCUUCAUGACAUCCCACUGCAGGAACCUAUUUUGAUCACAGAAGCAGGCUUAAUCCAACAGCCUCCACGCAACAACAUCUUCCAUCAAUACUUGGGGGAAAGCAGCAGUGUUGAACGACCAUAUAAGUGCACCUAUUGUCAGCGAGGUUUUAAAAAGUCCAGCCAUCUCAAACAACAUAUCCGAUCACACACAGGUGAGAAGCCAUUCCGAUGCAACCAGUGCAUGCAUUCAUUUGUGUCUAGUGGUGUGCUGAAGGCUCAUAUGAGGACACACACGGGUAUCAAAGGCUUCAAGUGCCUUAUUUGUGACACAUCCUUCACAACGAAUGGAUCACUUAAGCGCCACAUGUCAACGCACAGUGAAAACCGACCAUUCAUGUGUCCUUAUUGUCAAAAGACCUUCAAGACCUCAGUCAACUGCAAGAAACAUAUGAAAACUCACAGACAUGAAGUUAACAUGUCACUGCAAGAUGGGAGUCAGGUUGGUGGACCAGAUGGAGGUGAAGGAGUGGUUGAUGCAGAGGAGUCGGUAACUACAGGAACCGAGGCAGACUUGACUCAGCCUCAGACCACAGCUGACUUGGCAGCAUUGCAGCAGACAGAAAUUGGCCAUGCCACCACCAUUACACAGCAUGACCUGCAAUCAUCUGCACUUACUGAUGCUUUCAACACCACAGCUCUUGACCAGACCUUUCAACAGACCUUAAAUCAACAGGUAUUUGGGCAGCAGCAGAGUUUUACGCAGACUUUUACUCUAAGUGGCCAGCAAACGUUUGGCCAGCUGAAUACAACUCAGUCUCUUGAUGAACAGAUGGCAACACCAUUAUCUAGUGCUCAAGCUCUCAGUUCAGCUUUGAGUGCACCCCUUUCCUCCAGCACUUCUUUGACUGUUCCACUCUCCUCCACCCUGGGCCCACCUCACCAGCAACAAAUUACACAACAGCUAGCUACCUUGAGCCAGAAUCAGUUUACUUUUCAGCCACAGCAACUAGAAGUGGGUCCACUAGGGGGAGACUUUGGACAACAGAGCUCCAUGUCAACGUCAGUCAUGCAUUCAAUGCUUCAGUCAGGUGAUCAGGAACAGCAGUUAGUGGAGUCAGAAACAGAAGAAUCUGGAGUAGGUUUGGGACUGCAGUCGAUGGAUGAAAGUGAUCGCUCAUUCCAAUGUGAUUUCUGCCAUAAGCUUUUCAAGAAGUCAAGUCAUCUCAAGCAGCACUUAAGGUCACAUACAGGUGAAAAACCAUUUAAGUGCAUGCAGUGUGAUAGGACGUUUGUGUCAUCAGGUGUGCUUAAGACACACUUGAAGACACACACAGGUGUGAGAGAACACAGAUGCAACAUUUGCCAGGCAACCUUCAUUACCAAUGGAUCAUUGACUCGUCACAUGAUGAUCCACCAGUCUGUCAGACAAGUCAAGUGCCACUUCUGUUCUGAAACCUUCCGGACUGGUAUGCACUACAAGCGUCAUUUACGGCAUGCCCACCCAAAACAAGAACAAGCUGUUGUUGGGGAUGAGGAAAACCUGGCACCUCAGACCCGUCGGUCUCUCAUUCAAGUCAGCAACAUGGAGACAACAGAGCAAAUUCUGUCCAAGAACAAUGCCGAACUUUCAGUAUCGGAGAGGAUUCUCUUGGAGUCAUCAUCAGAAAAAGAUCGCAUCAGUGAGGUGAAGGUAUUAUAUGCUGAACAGAAGAACGCAUUUAUUGGUGAUCUAGUGCAUCUCUCAUUUCAGGAAAAGCAAGACAUUGUGCCAGGUCAGCAUGCUCACCAGUGUAGCCAUUGCCAUAAGAGCUUCAGGAAACCUAGCGAUCUUCAGCGUCACAUCCGUAUUCACACAGGCGAGAAACCAUUCCAGUGCCAGACUUGUCAUCGGUCCUUCACAGUCAAAUCAACUCUUGAUAGUCACAUGCGUACUCACAAACCAACUGAGAAAAACUUUCAGUGUCACAUCUGCGACUCCAUGUUCUCCACAAAAGGUAGCUUGAAGGUCCACAUGCGCCUGCAUACCGGGGCCAAGCCAUUCAAGUGUCCCAACUGCAACCUUCGCUUCCGGACCUCUGGCCAUCGCAAGUCCCAUAUCCUGUCUCACUUUAAGAGUGAAUCACCUCGCAAACGCAACACCACUGGCAAACGCCAAACUGCUAACAUUUUGCAUGACCAGCAACAACAUCAGCAGCAGCAACAACAGCAGCAACAGCAGCCUCUUAUUGUCUUCAACACAAGUGACCUUGCCGCAGCUGCUGGGCAGCAGGUGGGACUCACAGGCCAGGUGCUGAGCAUUGACCAGUCCCUUUUAUCCUCACAGAAUCUCCUGCCAGUGUCACUCACUGUGUCAGAUGGGAUGGGGGGACAGGUUACGGCAGAUGGUUCUCAGAUGCUGCAGAGUCUGGUUGAAGGAAUACAACUGCAGCUGUCUGGCAGUCUGCCACAGGGUAUGCAGCUGACUGGCUUGGAGACAGGAGCUGGCAGCAACCUGAUCUCACAAACUGUUCAGAUUGAUGCCUCGCUGCUGCAGCAACUACAACAGCAAGGCAACAUCAAUAUCACCAUCAAUCCCCAUCUUUUGACAUCACAGGUAUCCACUGAUCCAAACCUAGUUCAGAGUCUACAUCUGGCACCAGUCUCUAUACAAGAAGCUGUCAACCCAAACAUAAUUGUACAAUCCCAGUCAGCAAUAUCACUGGCUGGCCAGACCAUGCUAGAAACCAUGCAGACUAACUCUGGCACCAUUGUCAUGACAACCCAACAGGCGCAUGACCCAACCACAGCAGCUACCUCCUACGUGACAACAUCACUGCAGGAGAAUGAACAGAAUGUGGUGUUGGUAGAGGAGGAAGAUCCUGUGUUGCCUGAAGAUGAUGGCGAAGAUGAUGGGGAUGAAGACAACAGCCUGGAGACCAGCGAGGUCAUGGACCACACCAUGGGCCAUGCAGUCAGCAUGGUGGAGGGGGUAGGAGGUGAUGUGGGAGGGGAAGAGUUGAUUGGUCAGAACUCUAUCCAGCUUGGACUUGGGCAAGAAGAGAGAAAUUUCAUCUGUGGGGUGUGCUUUAAAGGGUUUAAGCGUUCCAGUCAUCUUCAAGAUCACAUGCAUAUUCACCAGCCAUCAGGUGCAAGUCCUCGACGGCCCAAGGCCACACCACACAAAUGCACAGUGUGUAACAAGCGAUUUCAAAAACCUUCACAGGUAGAGCGCCACAUGCGCAUCCACACAGGGGAGCGUCCAUUUGUGUGUGACAUCUGUAAGAAGGCCUUCAACCAGAAGAAUGCACUCAAUAUUCAUCUCAAGAAACACAGUGGGGAAAAGCCUCACACCUGUACCUACUGCAAUGCAGCUUUCACUCAACGAGGGAACCUGAAGACUCAUAUCAAGAGAGCACAUCACACAGAUAUGGUCAGCUCCAUGAAUCUUCCCAAGAGCUAUAUGACCACCAUUCAGACAGGUGAUAGUGUGGGACCUAACUCAGGGGCUAGUGUCUCAGAAACUGAUACUGUUGUUGCUUCUGUUGCAGACAACAGCACAAUAGUGACUACAAAUGUGUCAUCUGCAGUAGUUGGGAUUUUGAUCUUACUGAUGUGGCUGAUUUAUUGUGAUAUUUGGGAACAAAAUGGGUUGUGUAUAUCCAGGACCUUGGGAAAGGAACUAUGUCCUCAGUGUCAACGGCUGUCUGUUUUGGAUAAUUUAAUUCUGAAUUAUACAUUUUGAUUUGUGCAUCUAGUAGACUCAAGGCAGGCAGUGAGGCUAUUUAAAAAGAAAAAAAUGUGGUGCCAUGAUGUGAAGAAACAUUUUAAAACUGUUUUGAAUAGCCUGCCCUUUGGAUUCCUUAUCCACUUGGCUUUAUUGUGCCCAGUGAUCAGCAAGAUUUGUGCGAUUGUUCAGUUGCCUCCUUCUGGUGUACCUGUGAUUUAUGCUUAUUGAGAAACAGGUAGGUUGGCAAGGUGAGAAAUCCGUAAUUUUGAGAAUAAUUGUUGGAUGAUAGAGCAGAAGCAUAUGGAUACUCCUAUAUAUUCACUGAUUGUGUGUGUGUGUGCAGAUGUAGCAUGAGUGGGUGUGAAUGCAUGCAUAUGUGUGUGUAGUUUGUUUUGCAUAUGCACACACCAGUUAUACUUGACGGUGCUGUCUCAGGAAUUCAGUAAACACAAGAACAUUUUAGCUGGUAUUAUUCAAUGUUGAUUGUAUGUUUUUAUUGCAAUGUCUGGAAGAUCACAUUGUUUUUUGUAUGUGGAAUCUCUGCACACAGAUAAAGAUGUGCAAGUCUAAAGUUUGUAUAUAGCUGGUACAGUUUUUUUUAACCUUGUUGUAAUCCUUUGUUCAGGAUAAAGCAGGUUAAGCAUGACCCUUUUCUCUCUUUACUUUUGUCAUCUCCUGCUUGUCUGAAUAAAAGUUUUCCUUUACCAGGUGGCUCAUGCAUAUAAAGAGGUGGUUACAAGCA